GACUAACUUGUUUACUGUUUUCUAUUUUCUAUUUUCUAGAGCAGUGUACAUGGAUGCAGAUAUUUAUUUAAUGGAUGAUCCGCUUAGUGCUGUUGAUGCUCAUGUCUCAAGUCAUAUUUUUAACAAGUGAGAAUUCAAUACAAUUAUCUUGAUAGCAUUAAUUCAUCAAACACACAGUACUCUUUACCCAACAGUAAUUUUUCGUCGACAUGUUUUUUUUGUCGUCGUGUUUCCAGACAAAUUGUGACUCAAAUAUAUUAUCUCCAGACAAAUUGCGAUCCAAAAUUUAUAUUAAUUAGCCUUAUUUGCCUUUUAAAGGUGUAUCCGUGGUAUUUUAAAAUCCAAAGCUUGCAUUCUGGUCACACACCAGCUACAAUUUUUAGCUGAAGCAGAUCGGAUAUUAUGUCUACACCACGUAAGUAAUCGGUUUUUAUUGUAGAGUGAAGAUCAUGAGCAUGCUUGCGUUUGUUUAUGUAAGUUACAGUUUUAUGCAUGCAACGCAAGUAAUGUACGGUUGUAAACAACUUACCUGUUGAUGUUCCAGAUAAGUACACUUUGAAUUAGUUCUAUAUAAAAUACAACACUAUCGUACAGUAUAUACCAUCUGCAUGAUCUAGAAGCUAUCAGCCAGCAUACUAUAGUCAUUCGUAGCUAUAGUUUUUUGACCAUCAGAUGCAUCAUCUGAUUUCUUUAACUAUUUUGAGAAUUUAGUAUAAAAUACGAUAUAGCUCAUUGCCUUUUAAGCGCCUUACCACAAGUUUACCAUCCGUAAUGUUCAAAUGUACGAACAGAUUGUAGUAAUCUGGGUAAUUUUAGAAAUAACGAAAGCCUGCAUGGGUAAUUUUAGAAAUAACGAAAUAACUAACUAACGAGGUAUUGACAAGGUUGUACAAUCACUCAGAUCACUGCAAUGUCUUCUGCAUUCAGAGUAGAUGUAGUGCAUUCUUUAGAAAGAUGUCAAUCGCCCUUUGGAAAACAUGCUGUAUUCACUUCCAACUACUGUCAUAAACGUUUGGGAUGUCGGCAAUCCCAGAUUUUUCCUCUUUCCUCAACAGUUUUGUGCUAUUAACAUGACAUUUUGUGUUGUGGACAUUGGAACAGACCGUACCAAAUCGUCACUCUUGAGUCGCUGCAUACGUUUGUUGAUAGCAUGCAUGGCAUAAAUCGGUCGAGAUUGGUUCAUUGCUCUACUAACUGAGCUACGUCGUCAAGUAGGUUGACGCACAAGUUGUUACAGAUCUGCAAACAACAAGGUUGUUGUCACGCCGAUAUCAAGAUGUGUUCGCGCUGCCUGUUUCCAGUUGUUGUGACAAGUCUUGAACAAGUUGUUAUUACCUUGUUACAAGUUUGAUGACGGUAACAGACUUGUGACAAGUUGUCCCAACAAGCCUAAUACAAGCUGUUCAUAACAAGUUGCUACUAGCUUGUUGUCAUCAACUUGUUAGCAACUAGUUACGUGCAUACGACAUCAGACUUUUUGAAAAAAGUUGUUCCAGCUUGUCAACAAUUGGAUUUUUACGCGUGUUUAGUUCCUUCGAUAUAAGUAUAUGAUGUCUUAUAUAUAAUCAUGAAUGUAAUUAUGGUGGUGUAUGUGCUCUGAUGAAUUUAUUUAAAUUGACGUUACUCUUACUCUGAGUGUGUCCACAUUCAUGACCGCGGUGGUGAUCGAACCCGCGACUGUUUGUUCGGUAGUUCAAUGCUCUUCUAACUGAGGUACGCGAAGCCGGUUCGAGUAGACACACCCCGAGUUUACAUGGAGGCGGGAUCAUUUUGAUGUAUUGAAAUAAUUCUUCAACUAGGCUUAAACGAAAGUUCAAAUGUUGUCGAGAAGAUCUCGUAGUUCAAGAAGAUUAUUAUUGAUGCUUGAACAACUUUUCGUUUGCAAUUACAUACUAUAAUUUUUUGUUCUUGCCACAUAUGACGUCAUACUGUGUAUCUAUAACUGAACAGACAACGGGAAAGUGUAAUCUAUUUGUUAAUUAUAGUAUAUUAAGGAAAAUAAUGCAGUUUUGCUAAAUCAUGAACCGUGACUUAUUUCAAUACGUCGAAAUUACCCCGCCUCUUAUCUCGUCCCGGCAAAACGGAAUCAUGUAAACAACACCUAAGACACACCAAAUGACCAAAAGUAAUAUCAUCUUAAAUAUUAACUCUUAUCUAGUUGUGUAUUGUUGCGAAUGAGAUUGUUUUAUCGUAUAAUUUCUUAUCUUUCUUGUUACCCGUACUUAAGUAAUUUGCAGUAUCUUUAUUAGCGUAACAAAAUUUACUGCCUAUUGUGUCCACAUACAUUAGUAACAUAAUUAUUUGAAUUAUUUGCACGCUUUCCUUCUUUUCUGUUGUAAAAAAAUAAUGUCACGUUUCUUUCCAAAGGGACAUGUUCUCGGUUAUGGUAAUUUGGAGUAUUUAAAGAACGAAGGAAUUGAUAUUUUAUCCAUGAUUCGAGUUGACGAAGAAGAACAGGAUGAAGGUCGGUCGUUUAGCUCUGAAGCUUUAAAAAUCCAAGACCAGCAAGUCACCUUCAGACCGAAACUUAAACGCAAUGCUUCGUAUUCACCUGGUAUAAGUAGAAGGAAGAAACAUACGUCUUUACAUGAUGACUUACACGAUCCAUUGUUGCUGCUCAAACAUGGCGAUGCUUUAAGCAGAACGCAGUCUGCUCAUGAUUUAGAAACUCUUUCUCCAGAUAUAGUACAUACUGGAAGAUUAAGAGCUGCAACCAGCAUAUAUGAUAUAGAUCUUGUCGAUAGAGAGGAGGUCUUAAGUCAGGUGAGUGCAAAAAUAUAACGCUAAA